UUCAUAUGUCCUGUUAAAUUCUUUAUUGUUACUUGUCCUGAUACCCAAUUUGUGAUGAAUGAUUCUGACCAACGCAAUCAACCAGGUUCAGGUGAAGAACAAAAACCAUCAAAACAAUCGAUGGGUGGAGGACUACCACAAGAUCCUGAAAAAAUAAAAUUGAUUCAACAGCAGCUUGUGCUUAUUUUGCAUGCUCAUAAAUGUCAACAAAGACAAAAAUUGGAGCCUCAAAAUUGUGGUAUUUGUUUUCAUCCCUAUUGUAGUACUAUGAAAUCUGUUUUGGAACAUUUCGUUAAAUGUACGUCUGGACGUCAAUGUCAAUUUCCUCAUUGUGUUUCUUCACGCCAAAUAAUUUCUCAUUGGACAAAUUGUAAUUUGGAAUACUGCCGUGUUUGUACUCCUGUUAAAAAAUAUACAACUCAACAAGAUGCUGGACAAAAACAAGCUAUAGAUACUAUGUUAACUAAUUUGCAUAUUUAA